GAACUGUUUUCUUCAGAAAUCACUUCAAUUGACGUCUCAUGUCAAUCAAUGAAUCAACUAGUAUAGAAUGUUUUUCAACUCAUUUUUCAAUAUCAACCAUGUUUAUGUUUUGUGGGAAAUCAUGGUUAACAGGGAGACUGAAAUUUCGUGAUUGCGGAAAAUUAUACCGUGACUUCUGCUGCGAGAGGGUCAAGGCGGACUUGGCUAUAGUUGGAGUUGGGCCAGCUGGACUUUUUGGGUCAUUCAGAGCUGUAGAAAAUGGAUUCAAGAAUAUUGUUGUGAUCGAUAAAUAUCCAACUAUGGGUGGCAAUUGCAUUAGUUAUGGUUGUAUUCCAACGAAAUGCCUGUUGAAGUGCUCCCACACAUAUCACCUGAUGAAGAAAGGAUUUUUUGCACUUCAAGGAAUUGUCACAUCUGAACCUAAACUCGAUCUAGACCAAAUGAUGAGGACGAAGGCUAAGGUGAUGAAGGAUCUCAGCGAUUAUAUGCAGAAUGCUUUCAAGGCGAAAGGAAUAAGAAUUAUAAGAGGAAAGGCGACUAUAUGUGGUUGUAACCAACUGUCAGUAGAUGGAAAUGAUGGAAAGAACUCAGUUGUUGAGUCUGACAUUAUCCUGCUAGCAACUGGAUCGACAUUCCGCCCACUUCCUGGCGUAGUGAUAGAUGAGAAGCGGAUAGUUUCGUCGAAUGGUGCUAUGAUUUUGCAAGAAGUUCCUAAGCGUAUGACGGUGAUUGGGGCUGGCAUAAUAGGUUUGGAGAUGGGAAGCAUCUGGUCGGACCUUGGGUCUGAAGUGACUAUAAUUUCCCACGAUAACUCGAUUGUCGGACCGACUUUGGACAGGGACAUCAAGAAGAAAUACCUCAAGAUAUUGCAAGAACAAGGUUUGAACUUCAUGUUCGAGACGAAAGUCGUGUGCGCCAGCAACUGUGAUAAUUGCGUGAGAUAUCAAACAGCGGACAAAGAUGGAAAGAACAAUAAAGAGCUCGAAUGUGAUGUCUUAAUGGUAGCUAUAGGAAGAAUGCCAUACACCGAAGGCCUCUGUUUGGAAAGGGCUGGAAUUGAGACUAAUAAAGGAGGAUUUAUACCAAUUAACAGACAUUAUCAGACAUGUAAUCCCAAUUUCUAUGCGGUUGGCGAUAUCACACCUGGUCCUAUGACCGCUCACAAGGCUAUAGAAGAUGGAAUUUUAGUGAUGGAUAUACUAAAUGGCAAGGAUGUUCACAUAGACUUCGAUCAUAUUCCUCUGGCCAUAUACACCCAUCCAGAAGUUGCUUGCGUGGGAAAAAAUGAGGACCAGUUGAAGAAAGAAGGACAUCCUUAUCGGGUAUCGUGGUCUACAUUCGACACAUGCGCAAGGGCACGGACAGAUUUGAACAAAACUGGUUAUAUUAAAGCUCUUAUUUGUACAUACACAGACAGAAUCUUAGGAACUCAUAUAAUAGGAGCGCAAGCUGGGGAAAUCAUAAAUGAAGUGACUGUGGCGCAGCAGUAUGGAUUAACCGCUGAGAACUUGGCUAGAGUAGUUCAUGCUCACCCUACAUAUGCAAAAAUGUUGAAGACGACAUUUCUGCAUUGAAAUUUUUAAAUGGAGCACUGAGCAAAUAUACAAUAGAAACAUCAA